UUUUCUUGUCCUUCAUUCUCAUUGCUUGGCCUGCGAAACCUUUUCUCGACGACCGACGACUACGAUGACUAUCCGUUUUAUAAAUUGGCGACUGGCGUUUUAUAUCUCUGUAUUUCUCUGUUCAGGCACUGUGCUUGGUCUUGCUGCGCAUCUUGCCAGCGUAUUUCUCCCAAAUUUGCACAAGGACUUUACGAUUUUUGCCUUGAUCAUUCCAUCUCUAACUAUUUUUGCGUUCAUGAUAACGUUGCAAUGGGCGCAACCUAUAACUGAGGCGGUAGUGCUGUUCAUUCUGGCGGCCCUAUGGCUUGCCAUGGGCGCCUGGUCAGACGAUAUAAUCGGCAAUUAUCAGUGCGAUUCGCUGGCUGGACAGAGAGUUGCAACGUCCAACGGAGAUAUGAGCGCCCAAUCAUAUUGUUACGAGAUAAAAGUCAUCGAGGCUUUCUCUUGGAUGAACUUUGUACUUUUUGCGUUUUCAUUCAUCAUUCUUCUCGCCCUGGUGACUCAAGCACAAAAAUUGGGUCGAUACGAUAUCUGGACGGAGCCCAUAAAAGAACUCGGAUGGUUCGGAGAGUGGCCUGGCUAUUACAACACUUCUCCUGGCAUGCCUCACUACCCUGUCGGGGGUUAUGUCCCCUACGGUGUCCCUAUGCAAGCAGGUUCUGGUAUUACCCAGCAGGCCGGAAACUCAAUUGUUAUCCAGCCUGGUGUCAAUGGUCAACCUCCCACAAUCACGCAAGUGCCCUUUGGCACUGCUAUCCAUCCUUAAUGAUUCAAAAUUGAAUUUCUUACGAACACACGAGGCAGCUGGUUUGGUCUAUCUCACGUCAUAUCACUUUAGAACAUUGUAAACGGCCGUUCUAUUUACGUUUAAAAUGGAACACAUGUCAAUCCUCAUGUUGGUCAUGCAUUUUCC